CAGCUGAUACCAGUCUUAAAAUAGUCGUUCAGUCUCUUCGACCACCAGGCAACGUGGUUUUCCUUCUGUUCUUAUUGCACGUAAAUAUUAAACCCCAAUAUAUAUAUUUAGGUUUUGAAACACUUUUCUCGGACAAGUUGUCAAGAAUGAACCAGCCAAAGAUUGUCAGACCCGAGACUAGCCAACCAGCUCGAGCACAGUGGUUUGAUCGCAAAAAAUAUGUCACCGUCAACUUCAUGGUCCACAAACCCAAGUGCGUGCAGGUUGCGUUCCAUCCGGAUAAAAUGAUUUUAUGCUGCAAAAAUGAUGAAGACGACGUUAUUUACAACGAGCUGUACUUCUAUGACAGAAUCCAAAUUCAUGACUCCAGAGAAAGAGUCUACGAUCGCACCAUUAACAUGUUGAUCCGUAAACUCACACCAGACGUGGCCUGGCCGCGACUGCAGAAGGACCCCGCUAAGUCAAGCUGGAUUUCGGUGGACUUUGACAACUGGAGGGACUGGGCGCACGAAGAGGAUGACGGCAAGGCGGAGUACGACAACUACAUGGACAUGAUCCAUGAAAUUGGUGGCCAUAGGGUAGGAGUGGCACCAGAUAUGGGCGACCUCAGUGAUUCUGAUUGAAGUACUCGGAUGCUGUCAACUUGCAGGCCUGCAAUAAAUGAUUGUCCGGAUUUCACAUCACAUUAUUUUGGGUCUCUUUAUAAAUCUGAAACGUCUGUGUUUAAUUAUCUGUACAAAAUUAUGACAUUGUUUGAUCGCGUGUUAAUUAAAUAAAUAUUUUUCA